AUGAGGCUCCGUUUUAUAUUCCUGACUGGCCCCGAGUCAGCACCGGUGACGUACACACCUAAAUCUGGUCCCCGGGCCCUUGGCGACCCGCAGCCCGGCGGCGGCGGCGGCAGCAGCUGUGCGUCCUCCGGCCUCACCCGUGCCCCGCACCAGCCAAACUCGGAAGUGGGGGGGAGGGAGUUCACCCUGUGCCCAAAGGCCCCUCCUCUCCUCCCCGGUUCUGAGCGGCUCCCGGCGCCCCCGCAGCCGGGAGUCCCCGCAAGUCUCCCAACUUUCCCGCGGGGCCCGAGGUCCUGCGCGCUCUCCGGGCCAAGCAAGGAGCCGGGCAUCGAUAGCUGCCGGGCCCAAACGCAGACAGUUAGAAUCUUGCAGGGACCGGCCGCCACGAUUGCUCGCCCGCCGCCCAACAACCCUGCUCGGAGGCGGCCGGGUGGGAACCUCGUCUCCUGCCCGCAGCCCACCUCGGCUCGCCAACCCGCGCCCUCUGCGCGGAACAUGCCUUCCCGGGGCCGCCCUGCGCUCCCCGGACCCCUCCCGCCGCUGUCAGCGCCCAGUGACUGUCGCUGUACACUCACCUUUUCUAGGACAUGGUGGGGAGGCUGGGGCGCGGGGCGGGCGUUGUGUGGGGGCAACCAGGCUCCCGCCGCCGCCGUCGCCAGCAAGUCCAAUACUAGCAGAUCGGCGGAGGAGACGAGGCGGCGGCGCCAAAUCGCGCAGAGGGGGACGCGGGCGCCCGCCCGCCCGCCCCCAGCAGCGGCGGCGGCCGGGCCUUAG